AUGGUGUGCGUGCAUCCCCGUCUACGACACCGUGCUGGUGCCGCUGGCCCGGCGUGCCACUGGCAACGACCGCGGCCUGUAGCAGCUGCAACGGAUCAGCAUCGGCCUCGCACUGUCCGUGGUCUCCAUGGUGCACGCGGCGGUGCUGAGGCGAGGCGCCUGCUGGCCCUCACGCGGGCCAACAUGCCAGCGAUGAACAUCAUGUGGCAGGCACCGGUACGGUGUUCGCCAUGCUCGGCGCGGCAAAAAUGUUCACCGGCGUCGGCAUCCUCGAGUUCUUCUCUACGACCGGACACCGGACGGGAUGAAGAGCCUCAGCAACGCGCUCGCACAGCUCUCCAUCGCCGCCGGGAGCUACCUCUCAACUCGGCGGUGCUCAGCGCGGUCGCGGUGAGCACGGCGGCGUGUGGCGUGGAGCCCGAGUGGGUCCCGGAUGACCUGCACAAGGGCCGUCUGGACUAUUUCUUCUCGAUGAUGGCUGCUCUGGGUGCUGCACUUCUUGCACUGCUCCAUCCGAUACAGAGGCCUUCCUGA